GAGGCAAAUUGAAGUCAAGUGGGCUAUCAUAGACUCGGACAAUAUGGAUAAUUAAGUGAAGCAAAAAGUUUAUUACGAAUUUAAACAUUAAAGGGGAGAACAAAACGACCUUAGCAAAAAGUUAAAAAUAAAUGAAAAAACAAAUCGCGGAACCCAGAACACUUGAGUAAUUGGAAUAAGGAAAUUGAGAAUUGCAAGAAGUACAUAACAAACGGUUUUUUUGUUGCUUUCCCUUUCUCGCUUUUGUUCUAUAAUUAUUUUUACUGAACUCUGCACCGGCGCUGCUAUUUCGGAGAUCAUCAUUAGUCGGUGGGGGGCAGAUGUUUCCUCUAUAAAAAUAGAAGUCAAACCAAGAUUUGGCAACAAUUACACAUUUGGUUUCUAAACGAGAAGUCUUCGAGUAGCAGUAAUAACUAAAAUGAAAAUCUUCGUGUGCAUUCUAGCCUCUUUGGCCGUAGUAAACGCAGGAGGUGGUUAUCUGCCACGUGGUGGCGGCGGUGGUGGUGGUGUUGGUUCCCUCGGUGGCUACGGUAGUUUUGCUGGAUCCAGCGCUAGCUCUAGCGCUUCCUCAUAUUCAACCGGCGGUGGCGGCGGCGGCUUUGGCAGCGGUGGUUAUGGUGGCGCCGCACGUUAUGCUGGUGGUUUUGGUAAAGGCGGUGGCGGUGGUGGUUGGAAUAACGCUGGCGCGGCCUUAGGUGGUGGUGGCGGAUAUGCAGGUGGCUUAGCUCUCGGUCGUAGUGUUGGCGGCGGUUAUGGUGGCGGUAGCGGUCUCGGUGGUGGACUUGGUGGUGUGAGAAAAAGUGGCUUAUAUGGCAGUGGUACAUCCAGUGUUUCCUUCCAUAGUGGAAACUCUUUGGGUGGUGGCGCUGGGUAUGGUCAUGGUCACGGUGGUGCCGCGUACGGACCUUCUCAUGGUAGUGCUGGCUUGGGCGGUUAUGGCAGUGGUAUUUCCUCAUAUAACGCUGGUGGUUCCCACGGUGAUUGGGGUAUUCCAGCCAAUUUUGAUUACACUGUUAACCACGGCUCUUCUGGCGCUGGCUAUGGUGGCAGCGGUCUGUAUGGCGGUGGCAAUACCGGUUAUGGUUAUGCAGGUAGCAGUGCAUCGGCGUCUGCUAGUUCUGCAAGCUCGGCCGGUGGUUGGUGGAAGAAUUAAGGCGAAUCUUUUGUUUACGAAGAUGAUUUUAUAUGCAUUUACACUACUUCACUGUAACCUGUUGAU